GGAGAACGCACGUCGCGGACGCGAGAGUCGUCGCGCGCGCCGAGGCGGUGUGGCACGCGCGCACGUGCCGAGUGAGCCGCGUUCUUUCAUCAUGAUUAGGAUUAGGAUUUAUACUACGUUCUAUUGUUGGUAUUCAAAGCGCUCGAGCAGGAGAACCCGGUCGGAACAAAUGCAUCUGUUGAUUUGAUGCUGAAAAAAAAUUAAUAAUAAUAAAGCAAAGAGAAGAAAAAAGAUAAAGGCAGGGGAAAAAAAAAACAAGAACACUAGUUGUUCGAUCGGGUUGGUUUUCUGCGCUCACAGUUUGGGACCCGAGCGGACGACAUCUGGUGGUCGUGCACCGGCUUCGCGAAACGCAAAAGACGACGCCGUUGCGCGUGCAGGAGCGUUUCUCCUCGACGGUAUUGCGUGCGCAUAGCAUACAAGGGAGCUUUUGAGCGAGCUCGGGAGGAAGAAGCUCUUUCGGCAUACCGAGCAGCAACGUCGGAGUUGAAACACUGGGGGCCAGUUAAGGUUUUGCACAGGAGACUUUUUUCUUCCUCUCUCUCUCUGACGAGGAGGAUGCGGUGAGAGAUUUUUAAGCAGGGCUCGCGCGUGAUGCGAGCGGUGCAAGCGCACGAGAAGCGAUCCGGAGCGUGCACGAGCAUUUCGGGUCCUAUGGCAAAGGAGUGAAGACGAGGAGGGGAAAAAAAACAACUCGAAGUAACUAACGGACCGAGGUACAUGCGAUCCUCCUUCAGCAUGACGCCGAGGAUGCUGUGCGUUUUGCUCUGCUCUGCGGCAUGCGUGACCGGGUUGCAGGGCGCGAGCGCACCUCCUGUCCCCGUCGACAGCGUGCCUGACGCGAGCGGAGGAAGACGGGACUCCAAUCAGACGUUCAACUCCAGGAUCAAGAGGAAGACGCUGUCGGUGGAUUUCGCGGUGCCGUCCCUGCUGCGACACUACAUGGCCAUGUUCAUCAAACGCCCGCUGAACGGGAACUGCCCGACGCACGCCGGGUGUUACACCGUGCGCGCCAACCUGCGGAUGCGCUGCGCGCCUUUGCAGAAGACAAUUGCGAGUUUGCUCGGCGCGAAGUUGGAGGAGAAGGUCCAUGGGGAGGGGGUGCUGAGCUUGGGUUUGAGCUCAGCGAGCCGCAAGUACAACCAGGUCGUGGUGGAGGUGGGAGAGACCAUGGUGAGCACCGGAUGUGGCGGACUGGAGGUGCGCGAGGACGCGCCCGUACCCUUUCUGGAAAUGGACCUGACGCACGUGCUGGAGUGGUGGCUCGGGGCCGAGGGGGGCCGCCUGCGCGUGCGACUCAUGCCAGAGCGCAAGGCACAAGUCCCGGGCAAAGAGGAGAGAUACUCAACCGCCAUCCGGGCAUCAGACGCCCGUCUGUUUCUACAGAUCGCCUCCAGUCGCCCUGCACAAGCCAGAAAUACAGGAAACCCUGAAGCUUCACCGCGCUACUGGAACUUCUCCUGGAUAGCGGAGGACGUUCUUGGCUUCCCAGAAGACGCAUCAGCGAGUUCGGGUUUGGGGUGUACCUCAAAAGGAAAAUCAUGCCAUGGGAAGUCUGAAAGCUACCAUCCAGAAUUCGCAUGGAGUCUAACAUCAGCUGAGGAUGUCUGGGCAGAGGAUCAUGGGGUCAUGGACUUGGCAAGAGGAAGUUUUCAGGGCUGGGAGGAAGGUCGCUUUGUGUUAGUGAACGGCUCAGCUGUGGGAGGACCCUGGGUUCUAAGUCCAUGGCUUCGGUCUAUCCAUCGACCCUGUGGGUUGGACGUGACUGUAUUUCUGCACCCCAGGCAAAAAGGCCGCUACAAAGUAUGGCUCAUUGAGCGAGACAAACCACCACAGGUUCUUCUGACCACAGAGCCUCCCCACAUUACAGGCUGGGCCGUGGUGCACCUCAGCCUGGGGGCUCGGGAAACACCGUUCAGGAUUUCAUCCAGUUACGACCAACCUGGGGAACUCGAGACGGCUACGUAUGACCAGCUCUUCAUCACCAACUGCACCAUGGAGAUCUCUCGAAACGUGACCUUUGCGGGCCGCUACCACUGCAAGCGAGGUCAGGAGAUCAGUCUGGAGCGCUUGUGUGACUUCACUCCUGAUUGUGCUCAAGGGGAUGAUGAAGGAGAGCCAUGCCGUCAGUUCCUUAACGGAAGCUACUGCUCUUUUGAAGAGGAUGACUGCGGGUGGCAGAUGGUGUCAAGUAAAAGUUUGUACAAAGCAGUCCAUCUUUCUCUGCCCAAAAGACUUACAAACAGCUGUCCUUCCUCAGGUUCUGUUUUGGCUCUGGAAAAUCAAUCCAAAGGUCAACGGGGGUCAGUAGUUGUGCGGAGUCCGCUGUUCCUCUACCCUCUGCGCAAUGCCCCGUGCAUGGUACGGUUUCAAGUAUGUGGAAGUCCAAAUGGACGUCUUUCUCUCUGGAUCAUUGAAAACAGCACAGGACCCGAGGGCCAAAGAAGUCUAUGGAACUCCAGCAGCGAGAAAAUGGACAAGGGAUGGCGACUCGUCACUUUCCCUCUGUUCGGAUUAGUUGAUUCGUUCUACCUCCAGUUUACAGCCGAGAUUUCCUCUGGCUCUGACGUGGCAUUUGCUGUGGAUAACUUCACUCUUACUAUGAACUGUUUCUUAGAAACUAAUGGAGAAUACCCACCAGUGGCUCCAACAAGUGUUACACCAGUACCCUUCAGACCGACUAAUCACAUGAAGACCAUGACACCAGCAGAGGAAGGGGCAGGGGCACUGGGUCUUCUUCCCAUGCUUGUAAACUCCAAGUGGUUUUUCCGCACCUGUGGAGCUACAGGACCGACAGGUCCUACUCCCUCUCAGUGCAGCAAUUCCUACCGUAAAAGCAAUGUGAAUGUGAGCGUCGGGACAAAGGGAGCACUCAAGGGCAUCCAGAUGUGGAGGGUUCCUGAAACUGGAUUAUACAGGAUCACGGCUUAUGGUGCGGCUGGCGGACGCAGCGUUCUCAACAUGUUCAGGUCACAUGGGGUCUGUAUUGCUGGAGAUUUUAGGCUGUACAAAGAUGAGGUGCUGUACAUUCUGGUGGGACAGCAGGGAGAAGACGCAUGUUCUAAACCUGAGGAGUCCCUGCAGAAGAUCUGUCUUGAGCAAAAAGGCCCUCCAGACAGCAAGAGCAUGCUGAAAGGAGGAGGUGGAGGAGGCGGUGGUGCUACCUAUGUCUUUAAGGCGGAGAAAGGGGUUCAUAUCCCUCUUCUGGUUGCUGCCGGAGGCGGGGGUCGAGGCUACAAUGGGCAAUCGGAGAGCUCGACUGAGCUGGUGGACCAUGAUUUGAGUGUUCCUGGCCUCAAUGGCAUGUCAGGAGCUGCAGGUGGAGGUGGAGGCUGGAAUGAUAGCUUUCCUGUGGCUCAGGGUGGAAGACCCCUCAAUUUGGGAGGUCAAGGAGGAGAGCCAUGUCAUAAGAUGGGCUUGAAGUCUUAUGGUGGCUUCGGAGGGGGAGGAGGAGCUUGCACAAGUGGGGGUGGAGGAGGUGGCUAUAGAGGUGGGAGCACUUCACUAGACAAUGACCCUGAGCAGGAUGGAGAGGACGGAUCUUCCUUUAUCAGCCCCGAUGGAGAGAUAUUCAUGGAUGCACUUAAAGGCAUGGAGGGUGAUGGGGAGGUGAUCAUCAACCCAGUGCAGAACUGCAGUCACUGCGAGUCAGGAGAGUGCCAUGAGACUUUAGAGGGAAGCGAGUGUUACUGCGACGAGGAGCUUGUUCUCGCCGCUGAUAGGGUCUCCUGUGUCAAUUCUACAGAUACAUCAGUGCUUCUUCAGCCCUCUCUCUCUCACCUAGCAUUGGGGCUCUCUGUAGGAACCUCAGCACUCAUUGCAGCUCUGUUGCUGGCCGUGUCUGGAGUGAUGAUCAUGUACAGGCGCAAGCACACUGAGCUGCAGUCCAUUCAGCUUGAGCUUCAGAGUCCAGAUUGCAAGUUGAGUAAGCUGAGAGCCUCAACCAUCAUGACUGAUUACAACCCCAACUACUGCUUCGCUGGAAAGACGGCCUCAGUUAAUGACCUGAAGGAAGUACCACGGCGCAACAUUUCACUCACAAGGGGUUUGGGGCAUGGCGCCUUUGGAGAGGUCUAUGAGGGUCUGGCUGUGGGAAUACCAGGAGAACCCAGUCCUAUGCAGGUAGCUGUUAAGACGCUUCCUGAGGUGUGCUCUGAGCAGGAUGAACUAGACUUUCUAAUGGAAGCACUCAUAAUCAGCAAAUUCAGCCAUCAGAACAUUGUCCGCUGUAUAGGCGUGAGUUUGCAGGCUCUUCCUCGCUUCAUUCUGCUGGAGCUGAUGGCUGGAGGAGACCUCAAAACAUUUCUUAGGGAAACCAGACCCAGGCUGGAACAUCCCUCUAGUCUGACUAUGGUGGACCUUCUGAACAUUGCCAGAGAUAUAGCACAUGGCUGCCAGUACCUAGAAGAGAAUCAGUUCAUACACAGGGACAUUGCAGCGAGAAACUGCUUGCUCACCUGUAAAGGUCUAGGAAGAGUGGCCAAAAUCGGAGACUUCGGCAUGGCCAGAGACAUCUACAGAGCCAGCUACUACAGGAAAGGAGGUCGUGCCAUGCUGCCAGUUAAAUGGAUGCCCCCAGAGGCCUUUAUGGAAGGAAUCUUUACCUCCAAAACUGAUACAUGGUCUUUUGGCGUGCUGCUGUGGGAAAUCUUCUCAAUGGGAUAUAUGCCGUACCCCAGCCGCAGUAAUCAGGAGGUUUUGGAUUUUGUCACUAAUGGAGGCAGGAUGGACCCUCCAAAAAACUGCCCAGGACCAGUCUAUCGGAUAAUGACGCAGAGCUGGCAACACCAACCUGAAGACAGGCCAAACUUCUCCACUAUCCUAGAACGGAUUGACUAUUGUUUGCAGGAUCCAGAUGUGGUAAACGUACCUUUACCUGUUGAGUAUGGGCCGAUGCCCGAGGAGGAAGAGCGGGUACCCAUGCGUCCGGAUGACCCUGCUGCACCCUCUUUACUAGCCACUCCCCAGGGAACAGAGGAAGUGUCAUCUUCCACCACUGUGACCCGCUCAGAGGAGGCCAAGAAAGCUGCUGAGGCUCUCCUUAUGAAUGCUCACUCCUCUGACAGCAAACCUGUUCCCAGUGCUGCCUCCCAGCUCCAUCCACCAACAUCCUCAACAUCGGCACUGCCAGCCUGCAGCAAGCCCUCCUCUGUUGUCCCUGCUCCCCAAGAUGGAGGCCAUAUCAACUUGGGUUUUGCUCAGGCUCCUACAGGUGAGAAGGAUAACCGUAAUGGGAAGCCGACCAAUUUGUGGAACCCAACAUAUGGCUCAUGGUUCCUUCAACAACAGCAGAAGAGGCGGCAGGCCCAGGCACAGAGGCAAGCAGGAGGUCAAGGCCAUGAGCUCUCUGGCCGGACUGGGGGUAUGGCUGAGGCUUUAAGCCUGCAGCAUCAGCACAAACAACAGCAGAUACAGAUCCAGCAGCAGCAGAAGAUACAAAUUCAGCAGCAGCAACAACAAAAACUUCAACAGCAACAGAUACAGAUCCAGCAGCAGCAGCAAAAAAUCCAGCAACAACAGCAAAUUCAAAUCCAGCAACAGGGGCAGUGCAGGCCUCUUUUGCCCCCUCCUCCCCAACCUGGCCCAGCACCUCUUUUGCUGGAUUCAUCAGCCCUGCCCCCUGUACCUCUCUACAGACUUCGCCGAUUCCCUUGUGGUAACAUCGGGUAUGGCUACCAGGAGCAAGGUUUGCCUUUGGAAUCAUUGUCUGGACCACAGAAUGCCAUGCCACCUCCUGCCCUCACCAACCAGCAGAGACCCAUCUCAGUAGGCCGGACUGGCACUGCUGAGGACAGCCGCCCCCUGCUGGUGACAAUGGGAACAGUUCAGGACUCCAGACUCCCUAAGAUGGAUGGGCACAAUGCCACAGUGCUUUAACCCUCCUCUUUCUUCCUGCUCCCAGACUCUUUUAUUCAGUGCCCGCUUGAAACACUGUGCCAUCCGUCUGUGCCCACCUCAGCUCACAUCCACCAUGCAUACCCUCCCUCCACUCGCUCUGCUUCUCGACCAGACCAACAUUGACUCCUCACUACCAGCGACUUUUAAGAUGAGAAUGACUGUUUUACAUAUCUAAAUCUUUAGGAAGUCAAUGGAUGGAGGGAGCCCUGGGAGUUUUAUAGACUUUAAAAGUUUAGAGACAGUGCUGGAGUCGCUCAUAAGAACUUUACCUGCAAAAUGCUCUCAUAUCCUUUCUCACAUUCACAGGGAAAAACAAGUUUGUUGAUGUUUGCUUGCCUGCUUGUUUAUUUAUUCAUUUGUUAAUUUAUUAUUUGGAAGCUGUGUAAAUUAUUAAUGGUGUGCUUCAUAAGGCAAACCGCUCCACUCAUCUAUGCCUCAUUUGGUUCACUCUUGAAUUUGGUUGGCUUUUAAAAUUCUACAGCAGUUUUCAUCGGACUUGAAAUUUAAUAAAUGAAAUAAAUCUUUAA